GGCCAUCAUUCGUCUCGUUCACUUGUCAGACGAUUCAUACUCUCUCCUCGUGAGAAAAUGGUGAGCUAUUUUUGUGCAACUGCGCUCGGAUUUGUUCUAUUAGUUGUGUCUUUUCGGAUUUCAUCCAUCGUGGCUCACAAUAUCCUUGUCCUGUCGCCCAUCACGACGAACAGUCACAGCAAUUUCAUCAAACCAGUGGCCAAAGCGUUGGCCGAUCGCGGUCACACCGUCACUUACUGGAACGGAUUGCCACCAGACAAGGAAACGUUAACAAACCCAAAGGCCAAUCUGAAUCUCCUCUACUCACCUGGCUUGCGUCCGUUAAACGACAACCAUCAGGUCGGAUACGACGAUCGGCCCUUCCAACUCUUGCUGGCCAUCCCCGAUCGGAUGGCAACUUACUGCACGGCCAUCUACAGGGAUCCCGUCUUCCACCAACUGAUGAGCUCGACUGAGCAAUUCGAUUUGCUCAUCAUCGAGGCCCUUUUCAACGAAUGUGUCUUACCUUUAGUGCGCAAAUUUGACGUUCCAUUCGUCUACAUGGUCAGUAUGACACCGUCGCCGUGGCUGCUGGACGCUGUCGGUUCGUCCCUGGCGCUGGACCAUUUACCGCAUGCCGGGUCCAAUUAUGCCGACGAGAUGGACUUUUGGCAGAGGACCUACAACACCAUUUCCGGAAUGAUGAUCACUUAUUUUCACCGCUUUUUCGUGAUCCCAGUCGUCGACCGACUCGCAUCCGAGAUUCUAAAAUUAAACAAUCAACCAUCCGUUUUCGAGAUCCAAAGCGAGUACAUGAGCCUUAUCAUUUCUAAUACUCAUUUCAGCAUUAAUUAUCAAUUUCCAGCAUCACCGGCCCUCAUCCAAGCAGGCGGAUUACACUGCCUUCCCUCUAAACAGCUGCCGAAUGAUUUGGAAUCGUUUGUCGACGGUUCCGGUGACGCUGGAUUCAUCAUCGUCAGUUUCGGUUCAGUUCUGAGAGGGUCCGAUAUUUCGGAUCAUGUGCGCCAAUUAUUUCUAUCGACAUUUAGUAGAUUACCUCAAAGGAUUAUCUGGAAAUGGGAAGAGAAACUCGAUGAAACUGAUUUCAUUCCAUCCAACGUCAAAUUGCUUCCGUGGAUGCCUCAACAGGACUUACUGGGCCAUCCGAAAAUCCGUUUGCUCAUCACCCACGGUGGACUCAACAGCAAACAAGAGGCCGUCUACCACGGUGUUCCGUUCAUCGCUUUGCCCGUCUUUGCCGACCAGCCCAUCAACGCCCAAAAGGCCCACGACGACGGGUACGCCAUUCGACUCGAUUGGGACAAUUUGACGGAAGAAAUUCUUUUCGACGCGAUCCAGCGGAUCCUGUCGAACUCGAGUUACGUUGAAAGGAUGAAUCAAGUAUCGGCUCUGAUGCGUGACCAAACGGACCGUCCCCUAGACCGGGCCGUCUACUGGAUCGAGUACGUCAUCCGUCAUCAAGGAGCGCCUCAUCUCCGAUCGGCUUCGCGCAAACUUUCCCUUUUCCAGCGCUGUCUCAUCGAUGUUUUGCUUUUCACUUUGUUCCUUCUGCUUUCCCUGUUGAUUUCAGUUUUCCUCCUCUGCCGUUUAGUCCGCCAAAAAGUUCACCACGAAACAAAUCUGCAAACCUCCACGAAAAAAACCGAUUGACCUCGUUGUCGUAAUAAGCUAAUAAUUAACCAAUACCAAUUAAAAGUAACGUCCGUUACGUAGAAUUCCUCUCAUGAAACAAGUCAUAUAUAAUACGAUUUUCCGCCAUCGAAAA